UCAGGGGCGACGCGAGGGUUGAAGAGGAGCAACAUCUGGAGCCCGACAGCCAGCUGUUGAUCUCCCGCGUGUUGCUAUGGAAAGUUGCUGCGCGCUCGCGGUUCGGGGGUAGGCGCUCUGGUACCGACCCAUUCCAGCGGGAGGAUGUUCGCUGUUUACUGAUCUCUGGAUGUCAGCGGGUCCUGCUUCUCAAUGAUCAGCUCGGUGUGCGUCUCCUCCUACCGGGGACGCAAGUCCGGCAACAAACCGCCGUCCAAAUCAUGCCUGAAGGAGGAGAUGAUCCGGGGCGAGGACUCGGACAAGAUCGUCAUCAACGUGGGGGGCACGCGGCACGAAACUUACAAGAGCACCCUGAAGACCCUGCCGGGCACGCGCCUGGCCUGGCUGGCCGCCCCGGACCCGCAGGUCAGCUCCGACUCGGACAAAGCUCCUCCCGCCGAGUUCUUCUUCGACAGGCACCCGGGCAUCUUCGCCUACGUGCUCAACUACUACCGCACCGGGAAGCUGCACUGCCCGGCUGACGUCUGCGGACCCUUGUUCGAGGAGGAGCUGGCCUUUUGGGGGAUCGACGAGACGGACGUGGAGCCCUGCUGCUGGAUGACCUACCGCCAGCACCGCGACGCGGAGGAGGCCCUGGAGACGUUCGAGCCCCCGGAACCGGAGGACACGGACGACGACCGGGAGAUGCCCAGGAGGUUCGGCAUCGAGGACCGUCCAGCUCGGCCCAGAGGGUGCCGGGAAGUCUGGCAGCCCAGGAUUUGGGCCCUGUUCGAUGACCCCUACUCAUCCAAAGCGGCGAGGGGUGUCGCUCUGGCCUCCCUCUUCUUCAUCCUGGUCUCCAUCACCACCUUCUGCCUGGAGACGCACCAAGCCUUCAACGAGCUGCAGAACCGGACCGAGCUGGUGACGGUGGGCAACGUGACGCGCGAGGAGGAGAGGAUGGAGAUGGUGACCAAACCCAUCCUCACCCUGGUGGAGGGAAUCUGCGUGAUCUGGUUCACCUUUGAGUUCCUGGUGCGGAUCGUCUCCUGCCCGGACAAGCUGGUCUUCGUCAAGAACACGCUGAACAUCAUUGACUUUGUGGCUAUCCUGCCCUUCUACCUGGAGAUGGGCCUGAGCGGCCUCUCCUCCAAGGCCGCCAGCGACGUGCUGGGUUUCCUGCGCGUGGUCCGCUUCGUUCGGAUUCUCCGGAUCUUUAAGCUGACCCGCCACUUUGUGGGGCUGCGGGUGUUGGGCCACACCCUGCGGGCCAGCGUCAACGAAUUCCUCCUGCUGAUCAUCUUCCUGGCGCUCGGCGUGCUGAUCUUUGCCACCAUGAUUUACUACGCCGAGAGAAUCGGCGCCCGACCCGACGACCCGACCGCAUCCAAUCACACGCACUUCAAGAACAUUCCGAUCAGCUUCUGGUGGGCUGUGGUCACCAUGACGACGCUGGGCUACGGAGACAUGUACCCCCAGACCUGGCUGGGGAUGAUGGUGGGGGCGCUGUGUGCGCUGGCCGGCGUCCUCACCAUCGCCAUGCCGGUGCCUGUCAUCGUCAAUAACUUUGGGAUGUACUACUCACUGGCCAUGGCCAAACAGAAGCUGCCCAAGAAGAAGAAGAAGCACAACCCCAACCCGGACACCACGACUGACUCCGCCUCUUUUGGGAACUCCAACUCACACCGAGACAGCACGCAGAGCGACACGUGUCCCCUGGCUGGGGAGGAGAGCGCCACCAGGAACCGCUCCGACUCCAAACAGAACGGAGAUGCCAACGUGGCCCUCUCCGAGGCGGAGGGCUGCGCUCUGACCCAGCCGCUGUCCCCCAACGACAAGUGGACCCUGCGAUGCUCGCGAGGCCGAGACAGAACCAAGAAGGAGGCCACCUGCUUCCUCCUGACCCCUGGAGACGCCAGCAUCAGCACCGAGAGCUGCACCGACAUCCUUGCUGCCUCCGGGAACUACGCUCAGCCGGAGGUCACCUCUCUGACCUGACCCCCCGGCCACGGAAAAGAGCACCGACUUGUCCGACUGUUUGUGGAGUCCACGGGAAAUGGAAGACGUUUUUUAUCCAUGUAACAUCAGCCAGGUUUAGAUUUAGCAUGUGUAGCAUGUGCAGCGCUAUACGCCGUCGCCCCGCCGACAUUCCUUUCUCCCUGUGCCACCAGAACCUGACCCUAAAUUGCUUCUCAUUUUAAAGUUAUACCAAAUCAUUUACACUGUUUUAACACAUAGCAAAGACUAACUGAUUUAAUAGCUGUUUUGUUCAAUGCUAAAGCUCAACAUUUUACAUUCUACUGACCAACAUGGUGCACAGACUGUUGCAUGUCCUUUGUACAUUCAGGCAGAAAAGUCUUUUGUCCGUCAAUGAGAUUAGUCGCCGAUUCGCUAUGACGACGAGAAACACAAGUCUGUCGGUGUCACGUGUGCCUGCUGGUGAGUACGGGAGUGAACCCUCGUGCUGUCACGAUUGGUGUCCCGACACAUUUGUGCAAGGUUGUGUCAACAGAGAGGCGGACGAGUGGUUUCUCUCAGUCGUGUUACCGUCGUGGCCUUACUCAGUUGCAGAGUUAAGAGAGCGUCACCUGUCCGUCUCAUGGAUGGUGGUGAACCAAAGAGACUUCAAUGUUCGUCUCAACAUCAUGUGUGUGUUAUCUUCACUUGAAGCAGCUGCUUAGAUUGAGUCUGUUUUGGCUGGUCUCAGAGUGAAUGAGUGAAUAUGUACAAACUGCUAUUCUCAAAUCUGAGAAUGUAAGAAUGUGUCUUACAUUAUAUUUCCAACUUUAUACUCCUUAAUAAAAUAAAUAUACAUUCCGAAGGGGGAUCUCUGAGCCCUGACUCUCAAAUCAGCAACGUUUUUGUCAACACUGAAAUGUCUCUGAUCUCAUUUCAAGCCAUCGAUAAAAAACAAAACCCACUUGAUGUUGUGAACUAGAUGUGUAGAAGCACAGUGGUGGAUGUAGCACUCUCUUCUCUGACUUAAAAAACGAAUAUUUAUAGAGCUUAAUUCAGUUUGUUACUGGAAAAAUGCAAAUCUAAGUGUUUUGUUUUUAAUCCCAUGUGUGUAUCCGAGAGGUCUGAUGGAAGUAAGUCUAAUAAAC